GCAGCGUGUUGCAGCCUGAGUGGCCGGAUGUGGUUCAGUUCGUUAUGGGCCGACAGAACCGACGGCGUCUUUAGAGGGCAGCGCCGACGGAGCGAGCGGAUAAUUCCAUCUGACGUCCAUCGCAGAGAGAGACACAUCCAGGCCUGCCAAGGGUUCAAAACUCCGUCCAGCAUGAGCAACUCCGCCCCCUCCUUCCCCUUCCCCACCUCCGAACCCAACGACACGAACAUCGAAAAUGAGAGCGUGGUGAGCAACGACUUCUCCACCACCCUGGGCGCCCUCAUCCUCGGCGUGGUCUUCCUCGUGGGCGUCCCCGGCAACUUCUUCAUCGUCUGGAGCAUCCUGGCGCGCACCCGGCGGCGCUCGGUCACCACCCUCCUCAUCCUCAACCUGGCGGUCGCCGACGGCUCCCUGAUGGCCAUCACCGUCUUCUUCAUCGUCUACCUGGCCAAGCAGUCGUGGGUCUUCGGCGAAGUCAUGUGCAAAGGGCUGUUCUACCUGUGCAACACCAACAUGUACGCCUCCAUCUUCCUGAUCACGCUGAUGAGCGUGCACAGGUUCGUGGCGGUGGUGCUGCCGAGGAGGAUGUCCUCCCUGAUCACCAUGAAGGUGGUGAGGAGGGUGAUCGUGUGCACGUGGGUGUCGGUGAUGGUCAUUUCCAUCCCCUCGCUGGUGUUUCGAGACGUCAGGGAGGACCGCGACGAGAACAACAUAACGAGACACGUGUGCACGCCCAAUCACACGCGGCCUCAACACGUGCGGUUCCAGUACGCCUUUGAGACGGUGGCGGGAUUCAUCCUCCCGUACGCCGCCAUCAUCACGUGCUACGUGCUCAUCCUGAGGCGCCUCAGGCAGACCAAGUUCCGCAGAAAGGUGCGGAGCGAGAACCUCAUCCUGGCCAUCGUGGUGACUUUCGGCAUUUUCUGGCUGCCGUACCACGUCAUCAACAUGAUGCAGGUGGCGGCUCAGUGGUACAAGGAGGAUUCGCCCAAAAGACACAGACUGGACCACAUCACCCAGUCCAGUCGGGCGGUGACCUCCGCUUUGGCCUUCAUCAGCAGCUGCGCCAACCCCAUCCUCUACACCUUCGCCGGGAAGUCCUACAUCAGGCAGAACGGCUUCGCCUUCAUGGCUCGGCUCUUCGAGGGGACGUCGCUGGACCCGACGGGGAACAAGAAGGGCAAAGACGGCGUUGGACUCACCACCGUCGACUCCACAAGCGGCUCGGGACCUGGAAUCCAUAUCAUGCCGAACGGGAGUUGAGCGCUUAAAUUACUUGGUGCACGGGAGAAUUUGAACGAACGCAAGGGGAACUUUUAGAUUGUAAAACGCAAAAUCCGAGAAAAUAAUCGUUUUGUAGACUGAUGGUGUUGAAAGUUUUACUGGUAGGCAGCUGUAUAAGGACAAGGCAUUUAACUACUGAUAAUCAGGACUGUAAAUACACAAGCUGACAAAAUGCCUUUUGUUUACUGAUUGAGAUUCAAACUAGCUCAGAUAAAAUUAACCAACACCACUAAAGUUACUAUUAAAGAUAUUGUCAGAAAGGCUUAUUUUAACUAAAGUUUCACAUCAGUUAAUAGGAAUGUUUAGCUCAUUUUUUUUUAAUUAUUUCACCUGCAGCGUCAUGGUUCUGGGUUGAAUUGAAAAAAAGCCAUCCAAGGAAAAGUAGACUGCAUUAAAUAUGGUUACUCAUUGAAAGAUUA